AUGGAUAAUGACCCAUCACAAACGAGUAAAGUAGCCCGAAAAGCAAUGGAAAAAACCGAGGCUGAAUUUCACAGGAUUCCGGCUAGAUCGCCUGACCUGAAUCCGAUUGAAAAUCUCUUUCACUUGGUAAAGAAAAGUCUCGAGAAUGAAGCAAUUGAAAAUAAUAUAACGUACGAAACGUUCCAAGACUUUUCAACACAGGUUUUAAAUCCUUGGAAAAUCUGUCAACUGAUGUAA